UACCUAGGCACCUCGUCCCCUCGCGUCCUGAGGUCCUCGGUGACAUCGCCCCUCGCCGGCUCCCCUCACCCCACGUUCCCUAACGCAGAUGAAGCCUGCCAACUCCGCGCCGUUGCCGAUUCUCCCUCUUACAGCUCUCACUCCUCCAGUGCCGACGGUAGAGAAAGAGCUUACUCCUGGGGCUUCCUCCUCACUGGGGAAUUGCUGGAAAGAGCAAACAAAAAGGCGCUGGUGUAGGCUCCAAAAUAAACACAUCUGAAUUCAUGAUGGCAUCGACAGAGGCUCUUAUUGGAUUAAAAGUUUCAAAACAAACAGUAACGCUAUGGAAAAAGGGUUGAAUGCCUGCCUGUACCCAUCAGGCACGAUCAUGGAGAAAGGUGGGAACAUACAGUUAGAGAUCCCUGACUUCAGCAACUCUGUCCUGAGCCAUCUCAACCAGCUACGCAUGCAGGGCCGUCUCUGUGAUAUUGUGGUCAAUGUGCAAGGACAAGCCUUUCGAGCUCAUAAAGUGGUACUGGCUGGCAGCUCCCCCUAUUUCCGGGAUCACAUGUCCUUGAAUGAGAUGAGUACUGUGUCCAUUUCAGUCAUCAAGAAUCCUACUGUUUUUGAACAGCUCCUUUCUUUUUGUUACACGGGACGGAUAUGCCUACAACUGGCAGAUAUCAUCAGCUAUUUGACAGCUGCCAGUUUUCUGCAGAUGCAGCAUAUUAUAGACAAAUGUACACAGAUCCUAGAGGGUAUUCAUUUCAAAAUUAAUGUGGCUGAGGUUGAAGCAGAAUUAAGUCAAACGAGGACCAAACAUCAGGAAAGACCUCCAGAGUCUCACAGGGUCACACCAAAUCUAAGCCACUCCCUCAGCCCUCGUCACAAUACCCCAAAAGGAAACCGACGAGGUCAGGUUAGUGCUGUGCUGGAUAUCAGAGAGCUCAGUCCUCCUGAGGAGUCCACCAGCUCUCAGAUAAUUGAGCAGAGUUCUGACGUGGAGGGCCGGGAGCCCAUUCUUCGGAUUAACCGAGCAGGACAAUGGUAUGUGGAGACAGGAGUAGCAGACCGAGGGGCCCGGAGUGAUGAUGAGGUGAGGGUGCUUGGAGCAGUUCAUAUCAAAACGGAAAAUCUGGAGGAGUGGCUUGGACCUGAGAAUCAGCCCUCCGGAGAAGAUGGGAGUAGUGCAGAGGAAGUCACAGCCAUGGUGAUUGACACCACGGGCCAUGGUCCAGUAGGUCAGGAAAGCUACACUUUAGGGUCUUCAGGAGCCAAGGUGGCUCGACCAACAAGCAGUGAAGUUGACAGAUUUAGCCCCUCCGGCAGUGUUGUUCCCUUGAUGGAGAGACACAGAGCCAGAAGUGAAUCUCCUGGGAGAAUGGAUGAGCCUAAGCAGCCCAGCUCCCAGGUAGAAGAGUCAGCAGUGAUGGGAGUGAGUGGGUAUGUGGAGUAUCUCCGAGAGCAGGAAGUCUCUGAACGAUGGUUCCGGUACAACCCCCGUCUCACCUGCAUCUACUGCGCCAAAUCUUUCAACCAAAAGGGGAGCCUGGACCGUCACAUGCGCCUGCAUAUGGGGAUCACGCCAUUCGUCUGCCGCAUGUGUGGCAAGAAGUAUACCCGGAAAGAUCAGCUGGAGUAUCAUAUCCGCAAGCACACAGGCAACAAGCCCUUUCACUGUCAUGUUUGUGGUAAAAGUUUCCCCUUCCAGGCCAUCUUGAAUCAGCACUUUCGCAAAAACCACCCUGGCUGUAUACCCCUGGAAGGGCCUCACAGCAUCUCCCCUGAAACAACUGUCACAUCACGAGGCCAGGCCGAGGAAGAGUCACCCUCACAGGAAGAGACAGUUGCUCCUGGGGAAACUGCCCAGGGCUCUGUGUCCACUACUGGGCCGGAUUGAAACAUUGAGGGGGAGGGGGCAGACCCUCUUCCCCUCUGGGCCGUAA